AUGCGGACGCUGGAGGGCAAAGCAGGUGCGUUGAGCGGCUACGGCUGCCUGUCUCUGCUGGGAAGCACCAUUAAGGAGGUGGCCGGCAACCCGGAGGAAGGAGGGAAGUUCAUCUUCGAAAUCAUCCCAGGGAUCUCUGGAGACCAGAAUCGGGCAGGGCAGGACUCCUGCGUGCUCAUGGCGAACUCCCAGGCUGAGAUGGAGGAGUGGGUUAAAUCUCUGCGCAGAGUGCUGGGGUCGGCCUCAGGAGCGGUGUUUGGUCAGCACUUGGUGGAGACCAUGGCCUACGAGCAGAAAUUCGGGCAGCACCAGGUCCCCAUCCUGGUGGAGAAGUGCGCGGAGUUCAUCCGGGAGCACGGCAUGAGCGAGGAGGGCAUCUUCCGCCUCCCCGGCCAGGACAACCUGGUGAAACAGCUCCGGGAUGCCUUCGAUGCUGGAGAAAGGCCCUCAUUUGAACGAGACACGGACGUGCACACAGUGGCCUCGCUCUUUAAGCUCUACCUGCGGGAGCUCCCAGAGCCCGUUGUGCCCUGGAUGCAGUACGAGGAUUUCCUGCUAUGUGGCCAAGUGCUGGAUGCGGACGAGAGCAAGGGUCAUCAGGAACUACUGAAGCAACUGUCCCUCCUUCCCCGAGACAACUACAACCUCCUCAGCUAUAUCUGCAGGUUUCUGCACGAAAUACAGUUGAACUCUAGCGUCAACAAGAUGAGCGUGGAUAACCUGGCAACAGUGAUCGGAGUGAAUCUCAUCAGGCCAAAGAUAGGGGAUCCUGCGAUUAUUAUGAGAGGCACACCACAGAUUCAGAAAGUGAUGACCGUGAUGAUAAGUGACCACGCAGACCUCUUUCCCGCGUCCAAAGAUGUACUGCCAUCUCCACCCACCCAAAAAAAUAAUGACUUCAAGAAAGCCCUUGUGCCGCGCAGCUCCGUGGGCUGGGACGCUGCAGAAGACCCCAGGGUGUCCAGGACCGACAGCUUGAUCCAAAGGCAAACAAGAGACGACCUAAAUGCCAGCAGUGCCACUGGACCAGCAGCGAGUUCAAGCGUGCCUGGAGAAGAUAGUGAAUCCAAAGAUACCCUGGGAAUGUGGAAAAUGCAGUCUAGGAAAAGAACUCAGACUUUACCUAACAGGAAAUCUUUCCUGACAGCUGCUUCUCAGGGGGAGAAAGGCGGCAAUGACAAAAGCGACAUAUUUGCCAGUGACUUUUGGAAAUCCUCCCCAGGGAACAGCAUGCCUUCUGGGCUCCCGGAUGGACAUAAAAGAACAUUGUCUCAUGAUCUUUUUAAGCUGCUUGACCUUCACCGAGCUUCAACUUAUGAUAAUGUACCUUCCUCCCAGGCAGAAAGCAGGGAAGGCAGUUGCUCCAGCCCCAGCACGGCGAGCAGCGGCUCCGAUAAGCAAUUCCUACCAAGCCCCAGCCCCGACCAUCAGCCAAAGGAAAUAGCCAGCCCCGGCAGCAGCACCACUGGCGUUUGUGAUUCUGGUCAGGAGAGCAAGGAGUUCCUGCAGAGCAUGAUCCUGAAGCUGGAAAAAGAAAUGAAGGCACAGAAAAAUAACUAUGAAGAGCAAAUUAAAAGCCUUGAGAAGGAAAAUUACGAAGUCUGGGCCAAACUGGUGAGGCUGAACCAGGACAUUGAGAGGGAGAAGAAGAAGUCGGAGGAACUGGAACAAAAGCUGAUGAACGUGGAGCGCUCGCGGGAGGACAUGGAGAAGAAAAACAAAAUGCUUGAGGAGGAGAUAAAGAACUUCGCCCAAUCCAGGAGCAAAGCCAACGCCAAAAACAACUAGGAGAAGACACCUGGAUGUGUGCAGACAUAAAAUGCAGCUACAUGGUUUAGCAUCCAAAGGAAUUGCCCAGCGGGAUCAGAGCCAGGGACUCAUGUAGGCCAGCGUCCUGUUACGGACCGUGGGCUGGUUCGGAGAACGGAGCCCUGAAGUUAGAGGUUGGUUUACAUUGUGAAACAGGAAAUUCCAAAAAUGUUCUUUCGCUUCAUUUUAUUUCUUAAAUCCUCCUCUGGCUGCUCAAGUUACCUGUAGAACAGGCCAAUACUUCUUGCUGCUCAACCAGAAUGUCUUGUAGUAGGAGUUCAGGUUAAAUAUAUAUUAUACUUAACAGAAAUAAACCAGCAAGUGGCCGUCCUGUCAUUCAGCUUUCUCCUUGCUGAAGAUACCAUAGUGCUUUGAGUGGAACAAAAAGACCAAAAAUCCUGGAACCGGGGAGGCAGAAAAGCCCCCCAGUUGGAGGUGGCACAGCCACAUCACUUGAUGUACCUGGACGCUAUGCUGUAAGACACCCUCUGCAAUAAGAUCAAAUAAUCAUUUGGAUUAACACACAUGCUUCGUUACUGCUCUUACAGAGUGAGAGAAGACCAGCCACGCUUUCUGAUCUGCUGACAAGAGGUCUAAUGCAUGGUCACUGGCUAUAAUCUGUUAUGCUAGACUCAUCCAUAUUAAGGCUCCGGGUACAAAUGGUCUGAGCAGACUGAUAAAUCAUAAAACCCUGUUUAGAUAAAUUAGUGUUCAGCUGUUUUAGAUCACUGUUUCUCAUAGCCAUGUGUUAUGUAUAUCUGGCACAGCUGCUGCUGAAGCCUUGGAGCACACUUCCAAGCAUUUAUACAUGGAGCUCUUCAUACAAAGUGAGUUCUUUAGCAACUUUUCCUGUUAUAGAAAAUGGGGCUUCCCCCAGUUUCCCUGGGAGACAGUUUUCACAGAAUAACACAUCUGGACUUCGCUUUGUUUUUCAUCAUUUCAUCAGUGUAGGUUAGGAUUCCCUUGGUCACCUUGGUGGAUACCUGGAUUUGCACCCCAGCUGUGAUGCUGGGACUCUCCCCAUCAGGCUAUGCACUUGCUGCCGUCAGCGUAAGGACUAACAGGACUUGAAGGCCUUGUGCUGCCACUUUGGCUAUUUGAAAAUGUGUCGCUUCAGCUGCUUGUUCUGCUGCCCGCCAGCGAGCCGGCCUUGCCUGGUGGCCCAGCUCUCCAGUGCAAGGAGCCAACGGGCCUACAACGCUGCUGGAAGCAUUCGACAUAGGAGAUAGAAGUAGUACUCUGCAAGAAAACCUUUCAUUUGUUGUUUAUGUUAGAAGGGUGAGCCACAAAACACAGCCUCAUCUCAGCCUAGAGCCUUCAUGGGAAGGGGAAAAACAUGGAGAUCUGAAGGAGUUUUGAACCAAGAUUGUCUUCGACCAGAUAGAUACACAGCUCUGUGGCUCCAGUCCAGCCAGGCAAGCAUGGUAGCAUUAAUGUGAUGACACUGGAUUACUGUUACUGAGGACUUGGCUUUGGCAAUCCAAAAGUUCAGCUCAAGACAGGUUGCAGACCCUCUUGGCAGACACUGCUAAGAAAAAAGACUCGGAGAGAAAAACCGACACAGAGGAAACUACGUGAAAAGCAGGGAGAUGGGACUGGGAAAAUGUUAAUAGGGAAUAAAAGUCAAUAUUGUCUAUAUGGCACUUGCUGUCGUCAGCCUUGCUGUUGGGGACUAGUCUAGCUCUAAUACUGAGCCAAGACUCCUUAGUCUCAGCCUCCUUAUUCUCAAACUUAAGACUCAUUUGGUAUUUUGAAUCCAUCUUUGCUCAGAUACAAUUUAAAAUAUAGGUAAAGGAAAGGUUUGUGAAAGAUGAACAGCAUUUAAGAAUGCAGCCCAUAAAUAGCUCAUCCCACUUAUAAACUCUGAUUCCAGAUACUUUCCCCUUCCCUAGGACCCCCAGGGACUGCACAGCUCCUCAGCGAGCAGCUCCAUAGCGGUGUCUUUAGACGCCGCGAAAGCCCAUAACCUCAAGAGAGCUGUUUCAGUGUUUUGUUUUAUUUAACU